AUGGGAUGGAACGGGCGCGAGUCUGUUGCCCUGGCGGCCACGCUGCACUCGGGGGACGUCGUGGAGAUCGAGCCGCUCGCGUUCUCGGACGCGUACUUCGACUGGUGGGUCACCAAGACCUUCGGCACCUACGGCUCCGCCAAGCCGGUCACCCUCCACUUCUGCACGGAGGUGGAUUGCAAGGAGCUCCCAGAGGACAAGGACGUUUUCCACGUCACGGCCUGGCGCGCAGUCACCGCGGCGAGCCUGGACAGCACGCUGCCACCGGCGCCCGGCGCUGCGGCAGGCGCUCCCGGAGGCGACAUGGACGACGACCUCCACGAGCUUGCCCAGGCGCUGGGGCUGGGGACGGCGGCAACCCCGGUUGGCGCGGGGGCCGCGGCCCGCGGCGCGGGCGCCCCAGGAGCGGCGGCUGGAGCGGCCUUCCCGCCGGCGGUGCCCGAGGCUGCUGGGGACGCGGGGCGCCCUCCGCAGGGCCAUCGUGGCUGCGGGGGGGCUGCCCUUCGCGCGCAGGACGCCCUCCGCGGGGCCGCGAUGGACGAGCCUGCGGCCGAGCGCCUCCACGCGCUCUUGGACCGCGCCCAGGUCCGCAGUGCGGCAGCGUUGGCGCGCGAGCCGCCUACGGCGGCCAUCGCAGCGCAGGACUUGUCCAGGCGGCUCCGCGCCGCCCUCAGGGAUCGCGUCCAGCGCGGCGGCGAUGCGCCUGCGUCGGCCUCAGGGCUCACCGGCAUCGAAGAGGUGUUCGAACGCGCUCCGGCGGGGGCCGAGGACACCGCGGCAGACCGCCGGCGGCAUCUGACGGUCGCGCAGGUCGCGGCCAGAUGCCCUGGAGUGCUGGCCCAGACCGCGCUCGAGAAGAUGCAGGUCUACUUCGCGGACCGCUUCCGGACCGCCGAGGGCGUCCCCGGGAAGCAGCUUCUCCCCGAGGUCGCCCGGAUGUACCUCCAGACCGUGGUCUUCGCCGCGCGCCCGGAGAGGGACAUCGGGCUGCGCACCAGCCGCGAGAUGCGCACGCUCACCCUCGCCAUCGGCCUCAUCGCGGGCGGCCACUUCCUGAAGGCUCUGGACGUCCUGACCCAGCGCUUCAAAGCGUUGGAGAUAGCCACGGACCAGGGCAACUGGAACCACGCCCGGUGGGUCGAGCUACUUCCCCCCGCCGACGUGUCGUCUUGGAGCCGCACGGACCUGCGGGAGGCGAUGCGGGAGCAGGACCUCGAGGUGCGGCUCGGGCUCGCUCCCGGUCCGAGCGGCGGCGGCCGGGCGAGCGGCGGCGGCACGGGCCGGCGGCGGUCGAGGCAGGAGUCGGAGCCCGAGGAGGUGAGCGCUGGCAGCCGCGGCGGCCCCGCCCGGGCGAGCCGCCCCGCGGCCAUUGCCGCCGCGGCGCCUGCUGACGGCCCCCCGGGCCGUGACGCCGUGACGCCUGGGGAGCCUCGCGGCCGUGACGCCGUGACGCCUGGCGGCUUCGGCGGCCCCGACGGCGAUUCCGGCGGCCUCGACGGCGUGCCGCUUACCUCGGACCCCGGGAGCCUGCACUGCAUCGAUGGCGUCUGCGUCGUCGUCGGUGGCCUUCCACAAUGGCGCAGGGACGACGGAGCCGUCUACGUGGGGCGGGGCGUGCCGCAUCUGGGCAUCUCCCGUUCCUGGUGGGCCGAUUUCCUGGAAGGCGCGAGCGGGCCCGCUGGGCGAGCAGUCAGGGCGGCCCACGGCGUGGAUGGGCUGGCAUCCCCCGGAAUCCUGCGCGGUGCAGCCCGCGAAGCGCUUUUGGGGCGCAUUCUGCGGGUCGGCACCGAGCGCGAACUCGAGCUGGUCCGGCGGGUCAUCACGACGUUCACGCUCGACCAGGGCACCGUGCAGCAUUUGGCCGGGGCCCCGGAGCUUCUGCCCGUCUCUCUACCCUCGCCGCCGGAUGCGUACCGCCGAGUGCGCGCCGCGCGAGUCGCCGACCAGGCACCGGCGUCGGAGGACCUCCUCGAGGCGGGGAUCUUCGCUUGGCUCUCCCUUGCCCUUGCCGCGACGAACUUCUUGUACACUGGUGGGCCCAGGCUGCUCACCAGGACGAUGGUGCACCCGAGGGCCUGGAGCGCGGCGCAGAGCCAGGCCGUUGGGCGCGUCCGGCGGCAGGUCACGAUGUGGGUCCGCGAGUCGCCGCCGCUGCAGCGCGGGUCUGUUAGUUCUCAGGCAGACCGGAGGGAAGGGGAGUACUGGGGGUGCCAGCUGGCGAGGCAGCUUCGAAACCUCGAAAGGCUGCUCGAUGGGCCAGCUCUGGCAGCGCUGCAAGAUCCAUCGCGGCUCCGAUUGGACGAGAGGGACGUCGAGGAGCCCCUGCCCACGGCCAAGGUGCUCGUGGAGUCCGACGCAGAAUAUUUCAAGAUUUGCGAGAAUCUGCACCGGCUCGGCGUGAUUGAGGCCGAGGUCCCCGACGAGACCUGGACUCACAAGGGGCGGCCCGUCCGCAAUGGGCUAUUCGGAGCCCAUAAGAAGUGGGUCGAGACCGAUCGCGGCAUCCAGCGCGUCUUGAGGCUGAUCGUCAACCUCGUGCCCACGAACGCUCUCCAGAGGCCUUUUGGUGGCGCUUCGAAGCGCAUGGGAUAUCCAGGGCUUUGGCCGCUGAUGACUAUUUUUGAGGAUGAGGUUGGAAUUUUCUAUUCGGAGGACCAGAAGGCCUGCUUCCAUCUAUAUGCGGUCCCGCGCCCGUGGCGCGGUGCUUUCGUCCUCGAGAAGAAGGUGCCUCGCUCGGCACUGGGGCUCAGCGGGAGCGGAGAAGUCCGACCUAGGCUUCGCGCGUGCCCCAUGGGCUGGGUCAGCGCCGUGGAUUUCAUCCAGGAGGCCCACGAGAAUCUCGUCGCCUCUCCGCCCCCACUCGGGGCCGGCAUCUCCCGGGACCUCCUCGUGCGGAUGGGGGCCCCAGCGCCCGCGACGGCCGGCGGGGCCCCCCGGAACUGGUACUCGGUUUACGUGGACAACUGGGACCAGGGGAAAGUCGUCCUCAAGACCGAGAUGGGGGACUACCUGUACAAGGCGUCCGGCGAGCAGCUCGCGCUGCGCGACGCCUAUGCGAACAUGGGGGUGCUUCGGGACCCGGCGAAGGCCGCGGAGGGCACGACGGUCUGGGAGAGUCUCGGCGCCCAGCUUCGCGGGGGGGACCGCCUCGCGGGGACAUCGGCAACGAGGCGCUCAGCGGUUUUAUCUUUGCUCCUUGAGGCCGUUACUGCUGAUGAUGUUUCUGGGGACGACCUCCUUCUCAUCAUCGGCAAGGUGUGCCACAUCCUCCAGUUCGCACGGCCUUACUUUGCGAUAUUCCAGGAGGUGUUCCACGAAGCCCGACGGGAGCGCCGCCGGGGCCCGAUCGGGCCCAUGGCGGGAGACGAGUUGAUACUCAUCGCGUGCCUGCUGCCGAUCGUCUGGGCGGACCUCGGGGCGACGAUUUCCGGGCAGGUCGUCGCGACGGACGCGUCGAGCGCUGGUGGAGGGGCCUGCGUCUCCACUGGGCUGUCGCCGAAAGGCGUGCGGCGCCUCCAGGUACUUCGACAUGGCGCAGGCCCCGCGCGCUCAGAUGUGCUUCUCGUCUUGGACUUCGAUUGCAUGGGCGCUGCAUGCGCGGCCAUGGAGUUGCUUCGAGUCGUGCCUUGCGGCGUCAUUGCCGUUGAGGGUGCAGCCCUGGAAGAUUCUCUGCGCCUUGCGACGUGGCUUCGGGAGGACCCAGGUUGGGCCGUCUUCGACCUCUUUGGCAGCAUAUCCACAAACGGGGCAGACGAGGAGCAGCGGAUCAGUCAGGCUCUUGGCGUGGCCCCGGUUUUCGUGGAGGCGGCCGACGUGCAUCGUUGCCGGCGCCCAUGCCUGCACUGGGCCCGCGGUUUCCCGAUCGAGCCAGUAGCCGACCUCAUCGAUCGAGGCGCGGAGGGAGGCAGGCGGAUUCUCGAGGGCGUCGCCACGUGGCAGCCGCCCCUGGAGGCUUUCUUGGGGGCCAGUGUCAUCAAGUUCGCGGACGCGCAGGAGCCAUUCUAUGCGUUUUGCCAGCCCGUCAAGCGGUUUCGACCCCCUGAGCGCCCUGCAGGUCACGACGCGUGCUCGGAGAAGGCCCGGCGAAGGUGGGGGGCGGACGCCUUCCGGCUGCCGCCCUACGCGUGCGAAGACGUGAACCUCGUCAAGGCCCCUGGCGGGCCUCGGCGGCUCCGCGCGGACGAGCAAUCCUUGAUCUUGGGAUUCCCUCCUCAGCAUUUGAAGCCGUGCGAGAAGUCCAUUAAGAAGGACCAGGUGGAGGAUUGCAAGGGCGGCCUCAUCGGCGGCGCUCUACCCGCAGUCAUUGUUGCACGGCUCCUGACUCCCUUCGUCCUGGGGCAGGCGGCCGGCCUGGCAGAGCCGACCACCUUUGGAACUCUAUGGCGUGCAUGGGCUGAUAUCCAGGAGGCGCACCGCGAGCAGACCGGACUCGGUUGGACGCACCUCCGUGCCCUCCGCCUGACGCCCGCACCGAUACUCGUCUUGAGCCGACCGCGGAGCUCGUGCAAGAGUACUUGCUUGCGGGCGGCGGAUCAUAAGGGCACAGACGUGCGUCUGGACGCGGGCAUGCCGUGCCGUUUGUCGGCCUGGCCUCGUGACCCCAUCGAUUCGGGGUUGUGGACUUGGCGCGUCGCCCUCUCGUGCGAGUUCAAAAACUCGCAGCACAUCAACACCUUAGAGGCCACGGCGGUCUUUGACUGGGCGCGGCACGGGCAACGAGUGGCAGAGAGACAGCCUCGAGGACGUUUGCGGGACCAACUUGUUUCACCUCGGACCCUUGACCGUUAUAAGCUCGCCGUGCGGGCCUUCUUCAACUUUCUCAGAGAGUCCAAACGUGGGCUGCCUACCUCGCUGGUCGCGCUGGACCAGUUCCUUGAGUUCUACAUUGAGGCGCUUUGGGAGCUCGGCGAUUCCAAGGCCAUGGCCGGUGACUUGCUCAGCGGGCUGGGGCACUUCCUCCCAGCAGUUCGGCGGCACAUGUCUGGAGCAUGGCGCCUGCAUAAAGCGUGGGGGCGCGCUGAACUGCCUGCGCGUGCACCUCCUCUCACCCCGCUAUUCACGUAUGCCCUCGCGCAGUUGGCGUUUAACAAGGGGUGGAAGGACACCGGGCUGUUCCUCGUGCUCGGCUUCGACACGUUCGCACGGCCUGGCGAGCUUUUCAAUGCGCGCGUGCGCGAUUUCAUUUUGAAUAUUGUGUCCGGGCAAGGCGUUUGGAGCCUGCCGCGAAGCAAAUCUGGAGAGCGGCAGGGGGCCAUGGAGACCAUUGCUCUGGAUGAUCCUUGGGUUGUUCGUUUGAUAGCCUUGUACAUCCACGGCAUGGCGCCAGACCAUUUCUUGUCGACCGUCAGUGGGGAAGUCCACCGGCGCCGGCUAGCAACUCUGUGCCAGGAGCUGUACCUCAAUCAUGGUUUCCGGUGGUACUCCCUGCGCCGCGGUGGCGCGACGUUCCAGAAGUCCAGGAACUUUGGGGAGCUUAUGAUUAAAGCUUCCUCCACCAGCUGGCUGUCGCCCUCCGGCCACGGCAUCCCGAAUUCUGACGUCCUGCGGUACGUCGGCUUCGCCAGAAUGGGAGAGGUGGAGGGCUUCCUGGGGGUGCUGCAGGUCGCUGUCGCUCCGUGCGGCGGCGGCCGUCUGCACCCGCGGGGGCUGGUGAGCAGCCUCGGGGGACGGAGUGCGCCUUUUAAGGGCCUCGUCUGGCCGCUGGCUGUGCUCGCGUAG